AACUGAAUUGUGAGUCGCCAUAACUGUUACAGUAAUCAGGGCUUUUAUUAGAAUUUCACCGAACUUUACCCUUGCCUUACGUGGCGAAAGCUUCGCCUAAAACCCCAGAAAAACCUCGAGAGUCCAGACCAGAGAACAGAGAGGCAGCGGACAUUUUCUUCUCUCCACUGCAGCACAGCCUCCAAUCCAUUAAACGGCCAUUGAUAAAUAACCAAUGAAAAAACUUAUGGUUUCGUCUUCAUUCUCUCUUCUACUUCUCUAAACCUCUCAUUUAUUCGAUAACACUCCGAACCCAUGUCUUUAUUCAAACCCCUCCUUUCCCGGAGCUCCUACUCUCUCCUCAGACCCCGAAACAUCGCCCACAAAUCCUACUCCCCGCGCUCAUUCAAAAAGACGCCAUCACAUUCUGUUGGAGCUGAAAAGCAGAGUGAUUCCACCAAACCCAGAAAGCCUCUGGAUAUUUUGUUCAAGGAGGCAGUAGAUAUAUACCCAAAGCAGGAAUCCGGCGAAAGCGAAGGUGAGGAAGAAAACAAUAAGGUGAAAAGAGGUUUGAGGGAGCUGGAGAAAGAGAUAAAGAACCUGAGAGCGAAUUCUGAUCAUCAGAGUGAUGGGAAAGAAAAGGUAGGCGAAGAAUCGACGGGGAAGAAAAGCUUAUUUGCUGUGUUUACGAAUAAAGUCUGGUCCAGGGAAAUCCCUAACGACAUGGAUAAGAAGAAUCCAAGGGUUGUGAAAGAGCUUUCACCGGAUAUGAAGUUGUUUUUAAGCCAUCUGUACAAGAAAGGUUACUUAAAGGAAGCUAAUUUUUUGCCUUCGAAGAAUAGUGAUGAUAAUGAUUUGGAUUUUUGUUACUUUGACAAUAGCUAUGGCAUUGAUUUUAUAAAGUUCGCAGCUCAGAAGUAUGCCAAAGACAACCAAGAAAUUGCAAAAUGGCUGUCGGGGAGUGACUUGAAAAAUGUGGUACUCUUUGGCUGCCCUUCCCUUGCAAAGAAGAGUAUUUUUGCAGCCAAAAGGCUGCGAAAUUUUUUUGAAGUUCAAGAAGACACUGUUUGUAAAAGAUGUGUUUUGAAGCAAUCGUGCAAGUUUGUGAAUCAGAAUGUGUGGAAUGCCGACACCAAAAAAUUGAUUCUUACUGAUGUUCUGUAUGUAAUCACUCUGUACACUUUGGAAACUGUGCCACCUGAGCUGUUUGUGCCUGAUGAUGUAAAAGCUUCAGCUAGCAAAUUGCUAAAUGAAGUUGUGAAGUUGAGUCAAACUACUUCAUGAAGAUACACAAAUGGUGUCUCAGUUUUUUUCCAGUUGUAUGGCAACUACAUCUAAGAGACACUGCAUAUGGCUGAUUCCUGACCUAAGUCCACAGAUGAACUUGCUUGCGUAUAAUGGUUGGCUCUAUUUUCCUACCCUUCUCACUCUUUUUCAUUUAACUUGCAAUUUAUUCAUUCAAAUUACUGCAGUAAACCAAAUACCAUAUUAGACAAUGAAUGAGUUGAUUUGCUUUGCUUUGUUUAUUCGUAAUCGCUUGCAGCGAUAGUUCUCAUCUGAAGUGGAGCUCUGCACCAUAGACUCUGAUUCUGAAGUUUAAAUGUGAUUUUGUGCAAAAAUAUUGCUCUAUUGUUUAUUGUAAACAACUUUGGUUUUUGGAGACUGUUGACUGAUCAGUAUUCAGCAUGUGUUGUUUAAUUUCAUUUAAUUAUAUAAAUGGUCAUCUAGAUCUAAAUGACAAAUGAAUGGUCAUGGUUGAGAUAGGGAGAUAAUCAUAUUAUAAGACCACUUGUUCGUCGAUAGUUUUCUGCAAGUCAAAAAUUCUGGGGUUAUUAUAUAAAAGUUUAAUUUGGCUAGCUAGGCUUUAGGUUUCUUUA